AUGGCGGCGCGGAAGAGAACACCAGUCCCCAUACAACGGCAGCCGCAAAUCGAGGGAUCGCAGCGCGACUCACCUAUUACUCCAACUACCGCAAGCAGUGACAAGCGGCUCCUUUCCAACAAGGAAGUGCCGGCGUGGUACAGCGAACCUUUGAUUUAUACGGGGUACCGCCCAAUCAACUACUCGGUUGAGUUCUGUUUUCGGAGUCUCGCAUACCUCCACAAUGAAACAGUAAACAUUUUCUCCCAUCUCAUCCCAGCCCUUGUAGCCCUGAUACUGGUCGGCAUUAUCCCCUGGUACUUCAACAAUCACUUCCCCGAGGCUUCUUGGCAGGAUCGCAUCGUCUUCCAGUUAUACCUGGCCACAUCCGUCAUCUGUUUCACCAUCUCGGCCCUUUAUCACACCCUCCUCUGCCACUCCGAGCGAUACCGCGACCUCUGGGUCAGGUAUGACUACACCGCCAUCCUCUUCCAAAUUCUCGGCUCCUUCAUAUCUGGUAUAUACAUUGGCUUUUACUGUGAGCCCACUCUACAGAGACUCUAUUGGUCAAUGAUAGCAGCCUUGUCGUUGCUGUCGGCAUUCAUCGUGCUCAACCCCAAAUUCCAGAGCCGAAAAUGGCGACCAGUUAGAGUCUGUAGCUUUGUCGCGACGGGCUUCUCAGCCUUCGCCCCAAUAAUUCACGCGGCCAUCAUCUUUCCCUACCAUCAACUCGAUCAACAGGCUGGUCUUCGAUAUUAUUACAUCGAAGGCGUCUUGGUGCUCAUUGGAACCUUCCACUAUAUGUCACAUUUCCCGGAAGCUUGGAAGCCCGGCAAGUUCGAUAUCUGGGGUGCCUCACACCAAGUCUUUCACAUUUUUGUGGUCCUUUCAGCUGUCGUUCACUUUUGUGGCAUAAUGUCGGCCUUCAGGUGGAAUUACGAAAACCCUCGGUGUCCAGUCGGGAGUCAGGAUAUUACUUUUGGAUGA